AGUAAAUUAGGAAAGAGCUUCACUUGUUUCUCUGCAAAUCUGCCCCUCCAUCUCCGGCUCUCCCCCCUUUAUCUCUCUCUUUCUCUGCAACUUUUUCUGCUUCCAAAUCUCUUCCGCCAUUUCUGAGACCCCGUUUCUCUCUCUACAACUGGGAUCCUUCUCCGUCUACAUCUCGGAAAUGGACAACCCAUCCGAGGAUUCCUCGGAGCAACCAACGCAACAACAAACCGAAUCAAAUGGCAAUGAUGGCCAGCAAGUCUACUUCGUUCCUUUCAGGUGGUGGAAGGAGGCACUAGACUCGGGUUUGGCGGAUGGGAAAAAGGGGGCUUUGUAUCUAGCGGCACCUUCCCCAUCUUAUGGAGGGCCAAUGAAGAUAAUUAACAAUUUUUUCAGUUCAGCAGAUGUUUCUUUUAAUUUAAAGAGGGGGGAUACUUCUUCAUUGCAAAAUCACGAAAAUGGAGAAGUUGGGGUGUCAGGGAGUGAUUAUGCAUUGGUCUCGGGUGACAUGUGGAUUCAGGCACUCAAGUGGCACAGUGAAUCUAAAACUUCAGAAAAGAAUGGAAAAUGUUUAUCAGCCGCAUGUGAUAUGACGGAUGUGUACCCCUUACAAUUGAGACUUGCUUGCUUGCAAGAUGGAAGCUCAUUGGGAGUUAAGAUAAACAAAAAGGAGAAUGCAGCUGAAUCCCAUAAAAGAGCCUGUAAGAUUUUCAGUUUUGAGACAGAUCCAAUUCGGAUAUGGGAUUUUUCAGGACAAACUGCCUCUUUUUUCCCAAAUGAGAAAGACCCAAAGGACUCUCCUAGACAGUUAGAGCAAGAGAUGCUCCUUGAGUUGCAAGUCUAUGGGUUAUCUGACUCGGUCAGAAAUAGGGCAAAGAAAAAUGAAAUGGGCACACAAUAUUCCAACGGAACGUCAUAUAUGAUGAAUGGUAGUGCCAGCAGUUUCACAUCUAGUCUCGUACGAAGGUCGUGUGAAAAUGGUAUAUUAGGCUUGACUGGAUUGCAAAACCUAGGGAACACCUGUUUCAUGAACAGUGCUCUCCAAUGCCUUGCGCACACACCAAAGCUUGUUGAUUACUUUCUUGGAGAUUAUAAAGCAGAAAUAAAUACCAACAACCCCUUGGGUAUGAAUGGUGAGAUUGCAUCAGCGUUUGGAGAUCUUUUGAAGCAAUUAUGGACUCCUGGAGCAACUCCUGUGGCACCAAGAACAUUCAAAUUAAAACUUUCUCAUUUUGCUCCUCAAUUCAGUGGUUUUAGCCAACACGAUUCUCAGGAGCUCCUUGCUUUCCUGUUGGAUGGACUUCAUGAAGAUUUGAACCGUGUGAAGUGCAAACCGUAUGUUGAAGCUAAAGAUGGAGAUGGCCGUCCGGAUAAAGAAGUAGCUGAUGAAUAUUGGAAGAAUCAUCGGGCUCGUAACGAUUCCAUUAUUGUUGAUGUAUGCCAGGGUCAAUAUCGCUCAAAAUUAGUCUGUCCUGAUUGCUCUAAGAUCUCCAUCACUUUUGAUCCUUUCAUGUAUUUGUCACUACCUCUACCAUCAACAUCAAUGCGGUCCAUGACUUUAUCCAUUAUGAAAAGUGAUGGCGAUAUGCAUCCAUCUGUUGUUACAGUUAAUGUCCCCAAGGAUGGUAAAUAUACUGAUCUUAUUCACAGUUUGAGCACUGCAUGCUCCUUAGGGGCCGAAGAGACUUUUUUGGUGGCUGAGGUUUUCAACAGUCGUAUUAUAAGCUUUCUUGGGGAGUCACCAUCUGAUCCAUUAUCCUUAAUCAGAGAUGAUGAUCGACUUAUUGCUUAUCGUUUGCGGAAGAGCAGUGAAGAAGCUCCUUUGCUUGUGUUUACUCAUCAACAGAAAGAGGAGCAUUGCGUUUCUGGUAAGCUCACUUCAAGUUGGAAGCCAUUUGGUAUUCCAUUUGUUGCAAGUUGUAGAAUUGAAAAUGGGUUCGACCUGCGUGAUGUGUAUGCCAGAUUACUUCUUCCAUUCAAAGUUUGCAGUGAGGAUAUUGAUGGGAAAGGUGAUAGAGUUGGAAAUUGUUCUGCUGAUGUAGCUACUGAAAUGGAAGUCAGCAGUCAUAGCUUAGGUUAUUUCUCAGAAAGUACUGAUGAUGAAUCAUUUGGUUCAGAAUUGGAUAGUGAUUUUAAGUUUCUACUAAGUGAUGAAAAAGGAAUGACCAGCAACGCUGUGCUUGUAAUGAAUGAGCCCCUAAAGUUCACAGAUUUGCCUACACGGCUUAACGUACUGGUUUGCUGGCCAGCUAAAAUGCUUGAACAGUAUGAUAGGGGUGCUUUUAACUCAUUACCAGAACUUUGCAAGCCUUGUUCUUCCACAAGAAGACCACAAGAGUCGGCCUCUCUGUAUGAAUGUCUUGAGGCAUUCUUAAAGGAGGAGCCUCUAGGACCCGAUGACAUGUGGUACUGUCCUGAGUGCAAAGAGCACCGCCAAGCUAAUAAAAAGUUAGAUCUUUGGAGGUUGCCAGAGAUUCUGGUUAUUCAUAUGAAGAGAUUCUCCUUCAAACGGUUUUUGAAGAACAAAUUAGAGACGCUUGUUGAUUUCCCUAUCCAUGAUCUUGAAUUGUCUUCAUAUAUUGCCAACAAUGAAGAAAAAUCUUCUUUCCGGUAUAUGCUUUAUGCAAUUAGCAAUCAUUAUGGAAGCAUCGGAGGUGGACACUACACUGCGUAUGUUCGUCAAGGGGGUGAUCAGUGGUAUGACUUUGACGACAGCUAUGUUUCACCCAUCAAUGUGGACAAGAUAAAAACCUCAGCUGCGUAUGUUCUCUUCUAUAAAAGAGUACAAGAAAAGAACACAUAGAAGAAUCUGGGUGAUGAACAUAGCUAGCUAUAUCUUAGCUUUGCUAGAGCUGUCUUGUGGACUCCUGAUACAAGGCAUCAUUCACAUUUAACCAACCGCGCCAGUCUGGUAAAGAAGAAUCACACAUUUUCACUGCUGUUGUUUGUUGUUUGCUGGCACACUUGGGGUUGGCGAUUUUGGGGGCAAUACACAUUUUUUUUUCACUUUCUAGGAUGCUGAUUGAUUGAGGUUAACAUUAAAGAGGGAUAGUGAAUGACUAUUGAUCGAAGGCAGCGCAAAGGUUGACAUAAAGUGGGGUGUCUUACAUUGUAUACCAUUUUUUUGUGCGUGCGAUAAAAGACCGAGUUUUGCAUGAUCACCAGCUAACGGAAUAGAGGGAGGUAGCUUGAAAUAGAUUGCAUAGUGAAGU